AAUUCUCCCAGUCAGGUAAGGUGCACGGCUCCCAGGAGUGGGCAUGGCGGAAGUCCAGCUGGUUCCCUGUCUAGGACUUAGGUAGUCUGUGCUCUUUCACUCAGACCCUGAGAUGUUUCAGCUGGAGACCAUGCUGCUGUUGCUGAUUUUUGCCAUCCUGGGGACCCCCACCUUUUCCACAGAAGAAUACCAUGGCAAAAAAACUGGGACAGAAUUCUGCACUUCCAUACCUGAAGGAAAAAACUUAACAGGAGUUCUGGUUUAUAUUCGGCGUAAUGUGAUUACCGGUAUCCAGUUGAAACAUGGAGACAGCUGGGGUCUACUAUACGGCUUUUCUGAUGGGACUCCUGUGGAAUUCUUACUGAAUGAUGAUGAAUACGUCAAUGCGGGCUAUGGCACAUACACAAACUUUAUGCAUCAAAUAGUCUUGUAUACUACCGCACUACGUGAAAAGAUUUUUGGGCCCUUAAAAGGUUUAUACGAGUUCUCCGAUCACUCUAAAAAGCCUGGCCAGGUACUCAAGGGCUUCUGUGGCUAUUAUGUGAGGGCUGGCUUCAAGGCCAUCAAGUUUGUGUGGAAGAGUGUAAACGGGACUUGUACAGAGUAAAGCGCAUGGCCACCCAAGCUGAAGUGGUCUGUGUCAGAUA